AUGACCACCCCCCCUCGCCCCCCCAUCACCUGCCACAUCCUCGACACCACCACUGGCCGCCCUGCCCCCUCCAUCCCCACCACCCUCACCUCCCUCACCGCAACCCCCCUCACCUACACUGCACUCACCAACCCCGACGGCCGCGUCACUGCCUGGACGCCCGCCCCCGCCACCCCCGACCUCCGCACCACCUUCGACAAAUUCGCCGCCGCCGGCGCCCCGACGCUCUGGGAGGUGCGGUUCGAGACCGGGGCGUAUUUCGAGGGGAAAGGGGUGAGUCCUUUUUUUCCAGAGGUGACAGUGCGGUUUCAGGUGGGGGAGUAUGGGGAGCAUUAUCAUGUGCCGUUGUUGGUGGGGCCGUUUACUUAUACGACGUAUAGGGGGUCGUGA